AUGCAGAAAGGUGGCGAUGACGGUUGAAAUCUAGGAUUGCUAGGAAAAGUGAUAACAUUGUGGUCGAAAAAAAAAAAUUAAUUACAUAUGCAAUAUGAACUAAAACAUACAAAUGUAUGUAUAAACAAUAAAUCGAGAAAUUCGUGCACUAUUUAGAGAAGGGCUAAUCAAGACUAUAGUUUGUAGCCGCUAUAACAACAACAAGACUAGAUUGUUACAUGGGAGCAGAUUACUUUAGCGAGGAAUUUAUCUACACAUCCUUCAGGCAGCUGCAGUCGUUUUUGUCGUUGCGUGAGCAUUGUAAAAAGGUUAAAGAUGAUCAGCCAGGAGAAAUAUCCGCGAAAUUUAUGGAAUGCAAUCCAACGCACUUACGAAAUUUUGUUUCACUUUAUGUACAUAAGUAUGUACUUACAUACAUAUGUAUUUGCUCAACGAAGUAUCAAGUCCUCAACAUCGAAUGCACUCCUCGCAUUGAAGUUUAUAAUCGAGUAAAAUGAAUGCGACCGUGAAUCGCAACUCAGUUCCAUCAAGCGAUCGGCUGCAGUGGUCAUUCUAUCAAAACAACAACAAUAAUAAGCCGACAUACUACUACUUCCCCCAAGUAGCCAAACACAAGGCAGACGCAAUGCGGUCACGAAUUGACGGCGAGAACGAAAGUCAUGGUAUAGAAGAAGAGAAAGCUACAGAUCUAAGCCGCGUCGAGGACCCCCACACAACUAAUAGCACGCCAACUCGUGCGUCUGCACUUUUCUUCGAUGAACACAGUAUACUGCUGGAAAACACUUCCCGAAUAGGCGCUAUCUCAUUUCCACUAAACUCGUUCCAUAAAAGUAACAGCUACAGCGGUAUCAUGCGUCCUAAAGCGACUGUGCUCAGGCAGGAUAGCCUGAAUGGCCGCAUCGCCACCAGCCUUACGGACGAUGGGAUAACGAGUAGCACUUACAGAAGCGCACUUUACGCGGCUGCGUCAUCCAACAAUGAUCUAGUAUCCAACACGCUCAACAACUACGAUGAUGAUGCCGUCGUUGAUUUUCAUGAUGAACAUGAUCUACUUAUGCCGUCAGCAACUAAUGCUGCUGGCAGUGCCGGUAUCGGUGGUAGCAAUGGCAAUGCAUCCAGCUUACGGCGUAAUACACGUGGCGCGAUCAAAGCGCGCAAUACGGCUUGCAAUCGCUUAAGUCACAACCGUAAAUGUUUAUUUGGGCUAGCUUUGUUGCUGGUUGCUAUUACGGCGUUUAUGUUUUUCGCUUAUCUAACGCGCGACUAUACAAAGCAAUUUUUACUGUGGAUCGAAAUGCAAAAUCCAUGGAUUAUAGUGGCUAUACUGAUAGCUUUAUUUGUGGUAGUUAGCUUUCCGAUAGUGGUGGGAUAUUUCUUGCUAAUGCUCACUUCUGGCUACUUGUUCGGCGCUUUGAGAGGCGUACUCAUUGUCGUGGUUGGUGCGAAUGUAGGGGUUGCCGUCGCUCAUUGGACAAUACGGAGUUUUCGCCAUCGUAUACCAAUUCAUAAACUAAUUAAAAACGAGACUGGUCGAUCUAUAUUGCGCGUUAUAUCGGGGCCUAAAGCAUUCAAAGUAGUGUUAUUCACACGCUUAACGCCCAUUCCAUUUGGCUUGCAAAACACAAUAUUUGCGGUCAGUGCCAUUAAUCCGCGCGUCUAUCACACAGCCUCGCUAUUAGGACUGAUGCCAGCGCAAAUGAUCAAUGCGUACUUGGGGUCGACGCUGCGUUCCAUGCAGGAAGUGCUUAGCAGUCAUGGUGGAGCGGCGGUGUCGGGGUACAUUAGUUUCGGACUCGAGGUCAUCUGCGGGGUGGGGCUCAUGGUGUGGGUGAUACAAAAAGCGCGCAAAGAAUUGGCUGAAACCCUGCUCUCCGAUCUUAGCAACGAAGAAAAACUAAUCGAGAUCGAUGUGUGAUUGUUGUGAUGUGCGACGAGAAGAAGCACUGCUAUUCAUGUUUUCCUUUUAAGAACGAGAAGCGCUGUUAUAAAUUUUGAAUGCUCAAUCAACUCGAAAACUCGAAAUCAAGGCUGGCUAUUGCCAACUUAAGAGUAUGCAUAAUAAACAUACUUACAUAUGUAUGUAUAUAGGACGUACCUGUAAGCUUCCUAGACAUUUUCAUGUAAAAAAAAAACGCCAAAUGUUCACUAAACAUACAUAUGUACAUGAAAGACUAUUUUAUAAAUAUUUGCUCGCUUGUGUUUUUGUAAUAUACUAUGUACGUAAACAUUUAUUUUUUCAUUUGGAAAUGCAUUCAUAUACAUACAUACGUAAGAAGUAGUAUACAUCAAGAAUUAUUGUAGAAAUUAAAAAAAAAAUAUAUGUUAAUAAAUUUUGUAUAUUUACUUAAAUAAAUUACAAGCCAAAUUAAUGUAGUCUGUAUAUGAGAAUAUUUAAUAUACAUACAUAUGGAGUAUCUAAAUACAUUUGUUCAAUUAAAAUCCUGAAUUUUCUUACAAGUUAAGCCUACAUAUUUAUUUAACAUUAAAGACAAGUAUUAACACCCGAAAUGUAAUGUGUAUUUUUAAUUUUAUAUUUAUAAAAAUUUGGGUAUACAAAAAUAUGCUUUCGAGAUAACAAAUAAUAGCUCAGCUGUGACAGAGUAACAUAAGCAACCUAUUUUGUUUUGACCUCUUCGAUUCUAAGAUUAGUAAUUCCGAUCAUUAGAAAAAAGGAUGUUAUUAAAUUAUACAUAUACAUACAUACAUCUAUGAAAUUGCAGCUGUUUUUGUAAUUAAAAAUGCAGUAAAAUGCUUCACGGUUGUUCAAAAAUCUAUUUAAUACAUAACAAUAUGAUAUUGCAUUUCAUUUUAUAUUAUAAAUUUAGUUUUUAAAAUUAUAGAUAUUUGUACAUAUGUAUAUACAUACAUACAUGCGUAUGAAUGUGUGCGAUAUAUCCUUCUUACAUAUUUGAUUCCAUUUUGUAAUACUUUUUAUACUGUAGUCGAUGUUUUUGCGAAACCGCCCAUCGACCAGUUUCAAAACCGCUUAAAUCGCCAUUGUGGCAAAAAUGAGAUUUGGUAACCCUGAACUCCAGGCAUCAAGAGCUAUGCAUAAAAAUCGUUAUUAAAACAGAUUUGUGAAAUAAUAGCUAGAGAAAAUACCGCCUAUCAGGGCAAUGCCUUCAAAGAAUAAACCGUUUUUCGCUCUCCUGUAAAAUUUGAGUGCCGUAAGAUAGGCGGUUUUGCAAUUGUGCGAUGGGCGGUUUUGCAGAAACAUCGACGAUAUGUAUGUAUGCAUAUCUAAAAACUGUAAAACUCGCUUUUAAAUUCUAAUCCCUAGAAAUGUUAAAAAAAAAGGUCUGAGUUUGAAAACCAAACUAAACUGCGACUAUUUCUUACAAAAUUUUUACACUAGUUAAUCAGUUUUAAUAGGCUUCUGACAGACUCUUCUUUGACACUCGCAUUUUAAAAAUUAUGUAUGUAUGUACAUACAGUCAGUGUCAAAUGUAAAUGUACACGUUGUUCUAGUCCAGGUGUAUUUAACAAGAUGUGUGCGACUCUAUUUUAAGGUACUAUAAUGCCAAAAAAUAUAAAUAAACGAUUGACAAUUCAUAAAAAACAAUCCAAUUUGACUUUAUAGGAUGGUUCUUCUGAGAGCAAUGUUAAAUUCAAUUUUAGUCAUGAUACAUAUAUUUAAAGGUAAAACCGAUCGCUCAAUUCUUCGGCCAUCAUUUACUUUUUGAAGUUUGUCUACUUUAUAAAAUUGAAAUUUUGAGAGCAACUCAAAGGCCAAAUAACAGUAAAACAAAAAACAACAAAUAGAUGAACUUAUUCAAAUUUUCUUUUAUUUGAGACUAAUAAUGAGAACGUAUUUGUGAGAUUGAAAAUUUGAAAACAUUUUGGUUAUGUUAGCAAACUUCAAAAAUGUUCAGGCUGCCUCCCAGUGGUUUUUCCUUGAAGUUUUUGUAUCAUGGUUCUAGUAUAAUAUUCACAGUUACAGUAGAAUCCGUUUAUAUGACCAUACACGACCGCAUAUAACGACCGACCGCUUAUAAUGACGUAAACACAACCUAGAAUUUGAUUUUUAUACAAAUUACUAUGAAAGUACAUCCGCUUAAUACGACUCCGCUUUAAGCGACGAAAUUUAUGAAUAAAUUGUCCGGUUAAAUCGACGAAAGACUUAAAAAUUUACAGAAAAUUAGAAGCUUCGCACAACAUAUUGUUACAUGUUAUGCAGUGGCUGAACAUUGAAGACGCCUAGUGUGGAUAGCGGUUAGUCCACAGCAAAUUUUGCAUUCGAAUUUUUUCGACAGACGUCAAUUGCAUUUUUGUUCGUCAAAAAUACUUAAGUAAUGUGCACUCGAUAGUUGAAAUGUCAGUUGGUUAAUCACUACGUGCGCAAAAAUGUUGUAUAGCAGAAAUAUACAAAA